GCGACCAUAACUGUCUCUCGGUUUCAUGAUCUAAAUUCGCUGUUUCCGUGCGUGAAUUGUCGACGAGAACGACAGAUCUUACUCGCUUGGUUUAUAAACUGAUAUUUGUGAAGAAGACCAAGACGGAAACACACCAAAGAAGUCUACGUGUGGGGGGAAAUGAGCUCGAAUGCCGAAGACUUGUCGAACAUGUUUCGGCUAAACGCGUCUUUGCUGUUUCAAGACAGCUGUCCGGAGGAAUCCCGUUUUUUACUUGACAAGCAUUUUGCAUCCCUUGACGAAAAGAAGCCACAAUCCCCCGUAGCGCUGGACAAAAUGUCAGUGUGCAAGUACUGCUUUCAGUGGCUGCGGCCCAACAACCAUCGGGUGCGCCUGCGAGCCAAAAGGCGUCCGUCCGCCAGGGUGCAGAGGAUCCUGCGGCGGAGAGCCGAGGGUAAAGCGCUCGGCCUGGUGCAGAAACGCUUGCUGCAACGCUUCUGGAAGUCUUCCUCAGUACUGAUGGCCACCUGCCACACCUGCAGCAAGACUUCCAGGCAUAAAGGAAUGAACCGAGAGAUUUUGUCUACCUUCCCCACCCCGGGCAGCGCAGGCAAGCUCAAGACCCCUUCAUCAGCCAACAGAUCCAUGCCUGGGAAGACCCCCGGCAAGGACAAGACACCCCAUCGCACCCCCAGGUCGUCCAACUCCUCCGGGACGCCCGGCUCAAUCUCUUCCUCCUCGUCCACCCCUUCGGCCACCAAGACCCCCUCCAAGGGCAAGAACUGGGUGGUCCAACGUCUGAGCAAAAUCCUGAUGCGUGAGGAUAAGUCAGUCAGCAAGAAAGGCAGCUUGAAAGACUUCCUCUUCUCACUCUGAGUUGCCUCUUCUUCUUCUACUGCUUUUGUUAACAAACCUGUUUACACAGAAGGAAGGGAAGCCACUUUUGGUUCCUUAGUUGUUACAGCGCCCUCUGCGGAUGGGAUGUUGCAGCAAUGCCGCCAAGAACCUCGCUGAGCUUAAAUGCGGUUUAGUUUAGAGGUUUUGGUGUGAAAAUUCAGCAAAUGAGCAUAAUCUGCUUCACUGCCAUAAAUGGGAAAUUUGAGGGAUUUUUUGGUAUUGAUCAACGUUACAGCGAUGUCAUUUGGUGUGGUUGGAUAUGCUGGAUAUCAAUAUUCAAACUUCCUUUUGUAAGACAUUUACAAAAAGUGUCACCAAUGAUUUUGUCCUUAUGUUUGAUAAGCUGAUAGUCUCUUUUGUUGUUGCAUUUUUUUUUUUUAAAGAGAAGGCAUUUUAUAUAUUACUACUGUACCUUGGUGUUUGGUGGCUGAAUAUAUAUGUGCAUUUUGCGUUUACUUUUUUGUACAGUACUUGUAAAAAAUGUUUUUGUAAGACUCGUGUUUAAGUGCUCCCCACUAUGGCUUUAUUUCUGAUUUACAAAAUAGUGUGAUUUGCUGUCCUAUUACAAUCCAAAUUAAUUUUCUUUUGUUGCAGUUAGUGUAUGCGUUUUAUAGACAUGUACAGAUACUCGUCAAAAAAUUUGAAUAUCAUGAAAAAGUUGAUUUAUUUCAGUUGUACUAUUCAUAAAGUGAAACCUGUGUAAUGCAUUCAUUCAUUCCACACAGGCUGAUAUAUUUCAACUGUUAACUCAUUUUAAUUUAGAUGAUUGUAUUUGAAAACCUUUGUACAAUAUGCUUUUUUUCCCCUACUGCCUUACCCACCCACUUACCUCGACAGUGUGUAAUGCUUUCAUACUGCACGUUUAUGUUUGUAUGUCACUUCUUUGUUGAAUAAAACCAAGUGUAACUGCUG